UACUCAGGUGCAUAUAGGCAGAAAAGAAGUAAGAAAGCUGUAAGGAAACACAAGGCUUCCAUGACUCUUGUAGAUCGCUGAUUGCUUGAUUUUAUUCAAGACUGAUAAGAACAGACCUGUCUAAAUGGUGACUCAUCCUGUAUAACUCUGUAUAAAGCGUGGGUGUGAAAUGAUACAGGUAGAUAGGUUCUGAUAUAUCGCGCCUGGUUUGUACUGGAGUCUCAAUGAUUUGCAGUCACUCUGGGAUUCAGAAUACUUCUAGGAGGCAAUCAUAGAAUGGAACCUCUCCAUCAUAAUGAAGAUUGCUCUUGCCACAUAUAUUCAUUUUGUUGAUGCUCUUUUGAACCAAAGGGUCUGAAGAUUGUUUGAGAAACACAUCUACCUGGGGAAGGAAUUUAAUCAGGACAUAAUUUCAAGAUGUAAAACAGGAGAAUGAUCUUCAGAUAAGCAACAGUCACAUGAAGUGAGAAGCAGAGGCUAUAUUACAGAAUAUAACUAAAACAAAAAGAAAGAAGUUACAGGAUGAACUUGGAAAUCUAACUGCAAUGUGAAAGUUGACCACACGCUGAACUUUUGAUUCCUGUGAGAUCCUGAUGUGAAUCCUGGAAUGACCAAAGAGAUAAGGAUGUGAUCCAAGAAAGUUUCCACCACUUCGAUUGAAGCACGAAAAAAGAAUCUAGCAUUUUCCUUCAAAUCAGGAUGAUUUACCAUUGCUGCGCCUCACAAUUCCAACAAAUGGAGUCAUUUCUUGAAUGCCACUGACUUCUUUUAAUGUCACUUGUCUUAGAUUACAUUGUGGUUCAUUUUCUUAGUCAUUCAAUAGCUGUAGUUUAUAAAUACCUUGUGUAACCCACAUUCUGAGUGUCAGCUAAGGCCGAUGUGACAGAAUUCAGGUUCAAUUAUCCAGAUUAGAAUGAGGAAAGACACUGAUUACGAAAUACAUCUAUCCAAACUAAUAUCUCGAGGAUCUGCGUGUUGUCUGUGUCAUAAGAAGAAGACUAAUGAGAUUGAACCAAGGAAAAUUGCUGUGAUUGCCUGCUGAAAUGAACCCUUGCGGUAAGAAUCAGCUGCCUGUGAUGAUUCCAGGAACUCAUUAUAUACGUGCAAUCAUUGUUGUGAUGUUAACUUGGGAGUUCACAUUAUUUUCAUUAUAGAUGUACUGUUGUAGUAGCAGGGACCAAAUGGAUGCAUAGAAAUGUGCAAAUUGACAAAAUAGUUCUGGAUUUCAUUGGUGUCAAAACAAGUGUUCAAGAAAGCCAUUGCCAACGUGUUUGGGUAACAGAGUGAUGUCAAUUCAUCAACGAUACAGGAAGAUUGUGCGUGGAGAAAAAUUUGACCAAAGUUUAUAAUUUUGAGUGUGUGGACCUAGUCACCAGAUUCUUGAUGUUAGAUGAGAUUACAUUCAUCCUCAUCAUGGGCAGUUAUUAGUGAAGUUUUCUUCGCUCAAGCAGAUUGAGUUUUUAGACACACUGGUGACAUUUUUGAAAAUGUCAUUUGAUUUCCGACAAGUAUUAGAUAAAAAGGUCACAGAGAUAAAUUCUUGGUGACUUUUUCAAUAAAAAAAAAACAAAUUUUCAGUUUUGCAGGGGAGUAUUCAUAAAGUUGACCCCUGUGUAAAUGCAGGAACAAAAUCAGUGGACAGAAGUGUAGCUGACAUUUUGAAAACCUUUUCAAGCAUUGCAGGGUGUCAGUUUGUGUUUUGUGGGCAUGACAUGAUGAAUUUUAAUGAAAGUUCCAAACCUUGGACAGCUCAUGUUCCAUUGUGUGCAAACUGCCUAGAAAUGACAGAGGAGCUUUGUUUCAAAGUAUCUUCAUAGGCUGUCACUGUAGUCUUCCUGCGGUUCUGUUUGAUGGCAAAAUCAUUCUGAAGACAAAUGAGAAGUGGGAUUUACAGGAUUUGGUUUUCAUUUUUAGAAUGUUUCAGUGCUGGAGGCAGUCACAAUAUCUCUCUAUCAUUACCACUGUGGUCUAAGGUUCAUGAGACUGCUCUGUGAGACUUUUGGCCUUUAUGCUGGAAGCCACACCAGGGAUGGGAGUUUGAUUCCCUCUCUCUCCACAAUACUUUUGUGAAACAAGUCUGCCAUCAGUCCUGCAGGGAACAUUAUUACCAGAGAAUGGCAUCUAACUAGAUUGAGUGCACUUUUGUUUGACAGAUCAUAACUUUUAGUGAUUUGAUGCAGCAUAUUUGCAAGGACUAAAGAUAUUCAUUGUGUUUCAGUUCAUGCUGUGUAUCUGAUGACUUAUAGAGAUGCAGGUGAUGUUUUUUUAAUGCCCUCUGUAAAUAUGGAGUCAGAGAGAUAACAGUGGGCAGCAUAAAAGUGGUAUAUAUAUAUAUUGAUGCUUUAUUAAGACGAUCCAAGAUGUGUGUAUUUUGAAGUCACUGUUUACAUCUUUUUGGCAAUGGAAACAUUUCUCAGUGCACAGUAAAUACAAGUGGGUGGCCCGUACAAAGCAAGGACUCAGAAGGACUUUAAGUGCUCAGAGGUGUGAGAAUGGAAGUUGCAUUCCAAUACGAUAGCUUUUUCAUUCUUCUCAUAAUGUUCCUCAUUUGGUUUUUCAACAUUCUGAUGUUGGUGAUAGCGUGGAAAACGUGCGCCUUAAAAAGCAUCAAUCGAUACUUCUUGACAUCAAUGACUGUGGCAGAUUUAUUAAUUGGUAUUUUCAUCGUACCGUUUUCAUUUUGGACUUCGUUGUUCAGUGAAUGGGUAUUCAACGAUAAAUUCUGUCAUGUGGAGGCCUAUCUGAAUGCAAUAUUAUGGAUAGUUUCAUUAUAUUCUUACAUGUGUUUGUGUAUUGACCAUUUUGUUGGGAUCAGAAAACCACAGAGGCAUGAAGCGGAGCUCUCGCCACUGCGAUGUUUUUGUUGGGUAACACUGAUAUGGAUAUCUGCAUUGUGUUUUUGCUGUCCCCUCAUGUUUGGAGAAAAUCGUGGACGGUAUGAAGACAACACCCACCUUUGUGUUAUAGAUUGGAGCUCGCAACGGGCAUACUUCAUUACAUCAGGGGUGGUUAUAACAGUGCCUGCGUUAGUCGUAAUAACAUUCACUAAUUUGUACAUAUUCACAGAUGAUUAUAAGAACAGGAAGGAAGUUUAUGAGAAAUUUUUCACUUGGAAUCGAGGAGGGCGGCCAGAAAAUUACUUUGCAGCAUUUGUGAUUGGACUGGUGUAUCUGUUCUCGUGGCUGCCAUGGUGCAUCGUGGAGCUUUUUGACCAUUUUAAAAUCUUAGGGUACGAUAAGUACCCGCAACAAAUGGACUUUUUCCUUUUGUGGCUUGUUGUAUCAAAUUCCUUCUUUAAAUUGCCAGUAUUUUUACUGUGUUCACAAGAAUUCCGUGAUGGUCUGAAAUAUGUUUGGUAUAAUGUCAAAAUGGCGUGUAGAUCUUCCAUCGAAAUCACCACUGCCAUUUAGACUUUUGCGUCUAAAAAGCUCAAGAAUAACUAUUUACUGUAUGUGUCAAAUAGAAAAAUAUGAGUGUGUGAUGAGAUUGUUGAAAAGUUGUGAAUUUCACUAAAUUUAGUUGAUUUUUUUAAACUUAAAUUCUUAAUCAUUUUGUAUAAAUAAGUCAUAUAAUGCACUAAAAUACUGUGAACUCUAUCAAAAGUCAAGUGAUAAUAAAACAAAAAAUGUUCAACCUCACAGGACUCCUUUCUCAACCCAAAAACAUUCAUAUUGAAGUAUAUUCAAAUGUGUUGAAAAUCAAUACAGAAAAUACGAGAGAUGAUGCUUGAAAUAAUAAUAUAUUUUUCAUAUGACAUGAUUAGUCCAUUAAGGAUUUGAUUAUCAUAUACCUGUACAUGUACAUAUUUAUAUAUCUUCAUUGAAAAGUUCAAAGGUGUACUUCUGCAGAUAUUGAAUACACUAGGUUACAAACAAGUGAUACAAGGAUCGCUCAUGAUAGUUACUGUACUAAUUUGUUGAAAGUAAUAUAGUAGUAAUUUUAAUUAAAAGUUAACAUGGAUGAUUUAUCAUCAUAAAGGAAUAUCCAUAAGUCAUUGUGAAUAAAAGUUGGAAUGAAAUAUGAUGGUGCUUGAAGUCCCAAGGUGCUCAUGAUCAGUACUGUACAGAAUGCAGUUUGACUCUUAGACCCCAUUCCCAGAGAUUAGAUCGAUCCAAACUAGAUCGACCUAACUCCCUGGGGAU